CUUGUAGGGGCCAAAUGGAACCAUUUGAAGAACUAUGAGAGACCCAGGCCAGGAUGCCACUGACUAGGUUUGGUGUAAUUCUGUUUGAUAGAAAUGUUGACACUGGACAGCAGGGCCAUACACCUAUACCAAUAGAUCGCCAGGAACAAAGUUCUGGAAAAGAAAAUGGCAAGGAAUAACAAGAAAGACUUAUCAAGAUGCAUCAGCAAUGAACUUAAUUUGGUUGGUUUCAACCGCGAAGCUAUUAGACAGAGAGUUACAUAUAUGGAUAAAAUUUCAAAAGCAAAAGAUUUAUCAACUAAGAAAUUACUAGGUGAUAAAACAAUACAAAAAAUACUUGUUGGGAGUCGACGAGAUGGAACUGGGCUUGACCUUGAAAGCGAUUAUGACAUUCUUCAAAUUUAUAACUCUGUUAUGUGCAUUGAAGAUUCCACUAAAAAAAAUAAAUAUGUCAACAGAACAGUGCUUCAUUUAGAUAAAAUUUCGGCACCAGCUGGUUACACAUUUUUGACAGUUUUAGUCAAUGGUAAAAGUGCAUUUUACACCUCUAUUGAACAUACUCUGACUAAGAAAAAUGGUAAAGAUUAUGUUUCUAGUGACCUAUUCAUGAGUAAAAAUGAUGACAUUUUUUAUGGCAACAAUGGAUUCAUUGGAAGCAGAAUCUGCUAUCUGGAACGGAAAGGGCCAUCUAUCCCAACAACUGUAAAAGCAAGCUAUCUAGAACAAGUUCUAUUUAAUGUUGAUACUUCCGAGCGAAUGGACUUUGUACGUGCCUUUCCUUGCAAAUGUGGGUCACUUGUAAACAGUUGGUGUGAAAGAAGAAGAUAUAAGUGGCCUUCACAAAAAACUAUAGAACGUAUCAGACACCUACCAAUGUAUGUUGUUCCUGUGGGGAAAAAGGGAAGUAAAAAUGAAGAUUUCCAGUGGCGAAUAAGUUUCAUUAUGGCAGAAAUACAUCUAAUAAAAUCAUUCAAUAACACUCAGAUAAAAGUUCUAGUACUUUUAAAACUUAUAAAAAAACAUAUACUAAAGCCUGUCUGUGAAGAGAUUACAACUUAUGUCAUUAAAAAUGUUAUGUUUUGGAUCUGUGAAGCAAAUCCACCGUCAAAGUUCCGACAAAAGCACCUAUUGAGCCGUCUGACUGAUGCAUUGAAGUUAUUAAAAACUUCAGUGCAAAACAAAGACCUGAAGUGUUACAUGAUUCCAGAGCAAAAUCUUCUAGAGGGAAAAAUAAAUGAUUGUGAAAGAGAGACAAUAGUUACUAAAAUUGAUCAAGUCCUUUCAAAAGGACAAGAACUUCUUUAUAAAUAUUUCAGAAAUACACUAACAAACAUGGAAAAAUAUGAGUCUGCUCUUGCACCAUUUGCUAUUGAACACUAUUUCUUGAAAGCUGCUUUGAGGAAAGGAAAAGAUGUAAAUGCAGAAGAAAUAGCUGAAUAUGAGGUUUCAACAUACCAUAUUAAAAAUCGCUUACAGUGGAUUUUUCAGUAUGGCCGAGAAUAUAUUCAAACAAUAUACAGAUAUGGAUGGGAAGGUUAUUCUAAUUUGGUUACAGAUAAAUAUAUUAGUAAAUAUUUCUGGUCAUCUAUAGACACAAGGAAUGAGAAUCAUAAACCUGAAGCCAGUAAUAUACACACAGAACACAAAAACGUGAAGCAGGACCAAUAUACAAUUACUGCAAGCCUGAAUGAGUCCCCUAGCAAAUCAAGGCUCUGCAUACAUAAAAACAAUAAUUCAAUCAUGAACUUUCUGUUGCCUGCGAUAUUUCUUCUAAACUGUACAAGUACUAUAUGCACCUACAAAGUUGCAGGGAUAAACACAGUAUCUGUCAUAUUACAUAUUGCAGCUUAUCUUUUAUAUCUAUAUCUACUACUGAAUCAUAUUAUUAUCACAAAGCAUAUAAAAUUGAAGUUAAAGUGUGACAGGCACUAUCCCUGUGUACUGCAACACUUGUUUGAUAUACAGAACAGCUUGAUAUCUCUUGUGUUUUUCCUUCUGUUUGCAAUGCAAUUGGACAUUUCAAAAUAUAUCCUAAAAUACCCUGUAAUAUUUAGGUGCAUUUUAAAGUGGAUAUUUGAUUACCUGUAUCAGGUAUUAAAAUGGAAUAGGUCUUUCUGCUGGAGCAAUAUUCAUUUAAUUUAUUAAUCAACUGUAAAUGAGUCAUACUUAUGUUAAUUCUUUGAAACUGCGAGACAUGUCUUUUAUUUUUGGGAUAUAUUUUCAAAUAUCAUCUUCAGUAGUUGCUUUUGGCUUUCCAUUUUUAGCAACUCUAUGAGCUAAUGUAAUGACUGUUAAUCAAUGUUUGUAACAAUAAUA